AUGGGGAACAAGGAUGGGGACACCGUGGGGGACGGGAUGACUUCGGGGCCAGGAGACCCCCCCGCUGUUGUUGUUGCUGCCGGGACAGAUGUCUCCACAUCCUCGCCGACGAUGCUGGUGACCCUGGAACUGCGGCUCCUUCUGCUGGCACUGGUGCUGUGGGGUGAGGCAGUGUCCCCCUCAGUGUCCCCUGCCACGUCUCCCCCCGAGCCCCCUUCCGAGACGUGUGGGGCAGCGCUGACGGAUGUGCUGAGGCGGCUGCGGGAGCUCGAGGGACACGUGCAGGCACUGAGGGGACACUGUGGGGACACGGGGGGACCCCAGGCCGGGACAGGCCGGUCGGUGCAGCUCUGUGCCCCCCCGGCCGGCGGGGGCUGCCCCUGUCCCCCCGCCUCGGGCGAGGCCCCGGCCCCGGCCCCGGCCCCCGCGUGUCCCCGCGGCUGCAGUGACCAGGGCCGGUGCGAGCGCGGGCGAUGCCGCUGCUUCCCGGGCUUCAGCGGCCCCGACUGUGCCACCCCCGCCUGUGCUCCGGGCUGGGGCGGGACCCGCUGCGACAUCGAGGUGCCCUGGGUGACACCACGGUUGGCCUCCCGCACCCCAACGUCCCUACGCAUCACCUGGCCCCAGCCCCUUGUUCCUCCUGAUGGCUACCGGGUGACACUUGUCCCCCUGGAUGACCCUGUGGCCAUGACAACGCACGAACUGCCCAGCUCUGCUGUCGCCUUUUCAGUGACAGGGCUGUCCCCAGGUCGUCCCUUCGAGCUGCUGGUCCAAGCCCGGCGGGGGCCGCAUCUGGGGGCACCCGGGGUCCUGCGUCUGCGCACAGCACUCAUCCCACCUGUGCCCCACUAUGAGGGGUCCCCAGGGUUGCCUCAGGGCUCCCUGGGGUCCCCAGCAGUGGCACCAUCAGUCCGAGGACCCCCAGAGUCCCCAGGAUUGCUGGGGUCCCCGGGAUCGCCGGUGUCACCCAUAUCACCAGACUUGCCCUUGGGGUCACCCAUGUCUUUGGGGUCACCAGCGUCCCCCAAGGUUCCAGUAGCUCGAGGGUCCCUGGGAUCCUCCCAGUCAUCCGUGCCACUAGAAUCCCCAGAGUCAUCUGUGUCACCAGAUUUCUCAGUGUCACCAGUGUCCCCAGAGUUCCCAGUAUUGCCAGAGUCCCCAGUGUUUCCAGGGUCCACUCCACCCCCAUGGUCCCCAGUGUCCCCCCUGUCCCCAGGCAUCCCCUCCCUGCAGGACCUGGUGGCCCGGCUGUCCACGUACAGUGGAUCCCUGCUUCAGCGUCUGGAGAGCCACCUUAGGGCCACCAACUACCCACUCCGUGGCAACCAGACAGUGCCAGGGGUGGCCCGUGCCAUCCUGGCCUACAUCCUGCGCCGACACCCAGCACAUGGGAGAGGACAGGGACCCACAGGGGAGAGUGGAAACCAGGAGCUGGUGUUGGAAUGGGGGGACAUGGAUGGGGUGAAGCUGACAGAGCCAUGGAGGCACAUGGGGAGCACAGCUGCAGAAGAGCCAGAGGAGUUGCCCCUGCCCUUAGAGGAGCAAAAACAUGAGAAACUUCAAACUGAGACCCCUCCAUCUGAUGCCCACCCUGUGCAGGCAGUACUGGGGGAGCUGAGGGUCUCCAGCAUCAGCCCCAGCUCCGUGGGGCUGCAGUGGAGCAUCCCCGAGGGCUCCUUUGACUCCUUCAUGCUGCAGUACCGGGAUGCCCAGGGCCAGCCCCAGGCCCUGCCCAUCGAUGGUGAGUCCCGCUCUGUGACGGUGCCAGGGCUGUCCCCAUCCCACCGGUAUCGCUUCCACCUCUACGGGCUGCGGGGCAGAAAGAAGAUUAACCAUGUCUCCACCGAGGUCAUGACAGCUGCAGCAGAAUCAGAAGAGCUGCCCCUGCCCUCAGAGAAGCCCCAACAUGAAAAACAUCAAACUGAGUCCCCUGCAUCUGAGGCACCCUUUGUGCAGGCAGUGCUGGGUGAGCUGAAGGUCUCCAGUGUCACACCCAGCUCUGUGCAGCUGCAGUGGAACAUCCUCAAGGGCUCCUAUGACUCCUUCACGCUGCAGUACCGGGACACCCAGGGCCAGUCCCAAGCCCUGCCCAUUGAUGGUGGGUCCCGCUCAGUGACAGUUCUGGGGCUGUCCCCAUCCCACCGGUAUCGCUUCCACCUCUACGGGCUGCGGGGCAGGAAGAAGACUGACCGUGUCUCUAUUGACAUUAUCACAGAAGAACCACAGCAUGAGAAACCCCAAACUGAGGCCCCCACAUCUGAGGCAGCUCCAGCACAGGUGGUGCUGGAGGAGCUGAGGGUCUCCAGCGUCACCCCAGACUCUGUGCAGCUGCAGUGGACUGUCCCCAAGGGUUCCUUCGACUCCUUCACGCUGCAGUACCGGGAUGCCCAGGGCCAGCCCCAGGCCCUGCCCAUUGAUGGCGCGUCUCGCUCGGUGACGGUGCCGGGAUUGUCCCCAUCCCAUCGGUACCGCUUCCACCUCUAUGGGCUGCGUGGAGGCAAAAGGAUUGACCGUGUCUCUACCGAUGCUGUCACAGGUGAGGCCGAAUGUCAACUCCCAGUGCGAGGAGUGCUGGGGGAGCUGAAGGUCUCCAGUGUCACACCCAAAUCUGUAGGGGUGAAAUGGACUGUCCCCAAGGGCUCCUUCGACUCCUUCACGCUGCAGUACCGGGAUGCCCAGGGCCAGCCCCAGGCCCUGCCCAUUGAUGGCACAUCUCGCUCGGUGACGGUGCCGGGCUUGUCCCCAUCCCAUCGGUACCGCUUCCACCUCUAUGGGCUGCGUGGAGGCAAAAGGAUUGACCGUGUUUCUGCCGAUGCUGUCACAGGUGAGUCUCCUGCAUCUGAGGCAGUCCCGGCGCAAGCAGUGCUGGGGGAGCUGAAGGUCUCCAGUGUCACUCCCAACUCUGUGGGGCUGCAGUGGAGCAUCCCUGAGGGUUCUUUUGACUCCUUCAUGCUGCAGUAUCGGGAUGCCCAGGGCCAGCCCCAGGCCCUGCCCAUCGAUGGUGAGUCCCGCUCAGUGAUGGUGCCAGGGCUGUCCCCAUCCCACCGGUAUCGCUUCCACCUCUACGGGCUGCGGGGCAGGAGAAAGAUUGACCAUGUCUCCACCGAGGUCAUGACGGCCCCCACAUCUGAGGCAGCUCCAGCACAGGUGGUGCUGGAGGAGCUGAGGGUCUCCAGCGUCACCCCAGACUCUGUGCAGCUGCAGUGGACUGUCCCCAAGGGUUCCUUCGACUCCUUCACGCUGCAGUACCGGGAUGCCCAGGGCCAGCCCCAGGCCCUGCCCAUUGAUGGCACAUCUCGCUCGGUGAUGGUGCCGGGCUUGUCCCCAUCCCAUCGGUACCGCUUCCACCUCUAUGGGCUGCGUGGAGGCAAAAGGACUGACCGUGUUUCUACCGAUGCUCCUCAAACUGAAUCUCCUGCAUCUGAGGCAGUCCCAGAACGAGCGGUGCUGGGGGAACUGAAGGUCUCCAGUGUCACUCCCAACUCUGUGGGGCUGCAGUGGAGCAUCCCUGAGGGCUCCUUCGACUCCUUCAUGCUGCAGUACCGGGAUGCCCAGGGCCAGCCCCAGGCCCUGCCCAUUGAUGGCACGUCUCGCUCAGUGACGGUGCCAGGCUUGUCCCCAUCCCAUCGGUACCGCUUCCACCUCUAUGGGCUGCGUGGAGGCAAAAGGAUUGACCGUGUCUCUACCGAUGCUGUCACAGGUGAGUCUCCUGCAUCUGAGGCAGUCCCAGCACGAGCAGUGCUGGGGGAGCUGAAGGUCUCCAGUGUCACACCCAACUCUGUGGGGCUGCAGUGGAGCAUCCCUGAGGGCUCCUUUGACUCCUUCAUGCUGCAGUACCGGGAUGCCCAGGGCCAGCCCCAGGCCCUGCCCAUUGAUGGUGAGUCCCGCUCUGUGACGGUGCCAGGGCUGUCCCCAUCCCACCGGUAUCGCUUCCACCUCUACGGGCUGCGGGGCAGAAAGAAGACUGACCACGUCUCCACUGAGGUCAUGACAGCUUCUCAAGUGCCAGAGCAACUGUCCCUGCCCACAGAGGAACCACAGCAUGAGAAACCCCAAACUGAGGCCCCCACAUCUGAGGCAGCUCCAGCACAGGUGGUGCUGGAGGAGCUGAGGGUCUCCAGCGUCACCCCAGACUCUGUGCAGCUGCAGUGGACUGUCCCCAAGGGUUCCUUCGACUCCUUCACGCUGCAGUACCGGGAUGCCCAGGGCCAGCCCCAGGCCCUGCCCAUUGAUGGCACAUCUCGCUCGGUGAUGGUGCCGGGCUUGUCCCCAUCCCAUCGGUACCGAUUCCACCUCUAUGGGCUGCGUGGAGGCAAAAGGACUGACCGUGUUUCUACCGAUGCUGUCACAGGUGAGGCCGAAGGUCAACUCCCGGCGCGAGCAGUGCUGGGGGAGCUGAAGGUCUCCAGUGUCACACCCAACUCUGUGGGGCUGCAGUGGAAUGUACCUGAGGGCUCCUUUGACUCCUUCAUGCUGCAGUAUCGGGAUGCCCAGGGCCAGCCCCAGGCCCUGCCCAUCGAUGGUGAGUCCCGCUCAGUGAUGGUGCCAGGGCUGUCCCCAUCCCGCCGGUAUCGCUUCCACCUCUACGGGCUGCGGGGCAGGAAGAAGAUUAACCAUGUCUCCACCGAGGUCAUGACAGUGGAGCCCCAACCUGAGGACCCCCUAACUGAGGCUCCCCCAUCUGAGACCUCUCUUGUGCAGGCAGUGCUAGGAGGGCUGAGGGUCUCCAGUGUCUCCCCCAGCUCUGUGGAGCUGCAGUGGAGUGUUCCAGAGGGUCUCCUUGACUCCUUUAUUCUGCAAUAACUGGAUGCCUAGGACCAGCCCCUGCCCACCAAUAGAAGGUUCCGCUCAGUGACACAGUUUGGGCUGUCCCGCUUCCACCUCUAUGGGCUGCAUGGAGGCAAAAGGAUUGACCAUGUCUCCACCGAUGUUGUCACGGCUGAGCACCCCCGAGCUGAGGCCCCCUCAGCACGGGCAGUGUUGGGAGAGCUGAAGGUCUCCAGUGUCACACCUGACUCUGUGGGGCUUCAGUGGAGUGUCCCUGAGGGCUUCUUUGACUCCUUCAUGCUGCAGUACCGGGAUGCCCAGGGCCAGCCUCAGGCUCUGCCCAUUGAUGGCAAGUACCAACUGGUGAUGGUGCCAGGGCUGUCCCCAUCUCACCGGUACCGCUUCCACCUCUACGGGAUGCACAGUGGGAAAAGGAUUGACCAUGUUUCCAUUGACGCCAUCACAGCAGCCACAAACAAGCUGGAGGAGCCACCCUCACCCUCAGAGGAGCCCAAAACAGAAGCCCCGCCAACUGAGGACAACCAACCUGAGCACCCCCAAACUGAGUUCCCCUUGGUGUGGGCAAUGCUGGGAGAGCUGAAGGUCUCCAGUGUCACACCGGACUCCGUGCAGCUGCAGUGGAGUGUCCCUGAGGGCUCCUUUGACUCCUUCAUGCUGCAGUACCGGGAUGCCCAGGGCCAGCCCCAGGCCCUGCCCAUCAAUGGUGGAUCCCACUCAGUGACAGUGCUGGGGCUGUCCCCAUCCCAUGGGUAUCGCUUCCACCUCUAUGGGCUGCAGGGUGGGAAGAAGACUGACCAUGUCUCCACUGACAUCGUCACAGAGCCCAAAACUGAGGCCACCUCAUCUGAUGCCCUGCCAGAACAGGCGGUGCUGGAGGAGCUGAGGGUCUCCAGCAUCACCCCAGACUCUGUGGGGCUGCAUUGGACUGUCCCCAAGGGCUCCUUUAACUCCUUCAUGCUGCAGUACCGGGAUGCCCAGGGCCAGCCCCAGGCCCUGCCCAUCGAUGGCGAGUCCCGCACAGUGAUGGUACCAGGGCUGUCCCCAUCCCGCCGGUACCGCUUCCACCUCUAUGGAUUGCAAGGUGGGAAAAAGAUUGACCACGUGUCCACUGAUGUCAUCACAGAGAAGCCCCAACCUGAGGACCACAAACCUGAGCAGCCUCAAACUGAGCAGCUACAAACUGAGGCUGACAGGGGACAGGUGGUGCUGGGGAAGUUGAAGGUCUCCAAUGUUACACCCAACUCUGUGCAGCUGCAGUGGACUGUCCCCAAGGGCUCCUUCGACUCCUUCACGCUGCAGUACCGGGAUGCCCAAGGGCAGCCCCAGGCCCUGGCUGUUGAUGGCGGGUCCCACUCGGUGACAGUGCCAGGGCUGUCCCCAUCCCAUCGGUACCGCUUCCACCUCUAUGGGCUGCGGGGCAGGAAAAGGAUUGACCGUGUCUCUAUGGAUGUUGUUACAGCUGAGGUCCCUCCAUCAGAGGCCCCCUCGGCACGUGCAGCACUGGGAGAGCUGAAGGUCUCCAGUAUCGGCCCCAACUCUGUGGGGCUGCAGUGGAGCAUCCUCGAGGGCUCCUUUGACUCCUUCAUGCUGCAGUAUCGGGAUGCCCAGGGCCAGCCCCAGGCUCUGCCCAUUGAUGGAGAGUUGCGCUCAGUGACGGUGCCGGGGCUGUCCCCAUCUCGCCGAUACCGCUUCCACCUCUAUGGGCUGCGGGGAGGGAAAAGGAUUGACCAUGUCUCCACUGAUAUGAUCACAGGAAAUGACCCCUCAACUGAAGCCACCCCAUCUGAGGUCACCCUGGCACAAGUGGUGCUGGGAGAGCUGAAGGUCUCCAGUGUCACCCCCAGCUCCGUAAGGCUGCAGUGGACUGUCCCCAAGGGCUCCUUCGACUCCUUCACGCUGCAGUACCGGGAUGCCCAAGGGCAGCCCCAGGCCCUGGCUGUUGAUGGCGGGUCCCACUCGGUGACAGUGCCAGGGCUGUCCCCAUCCCAUCGGUACCGCUUCCACCUCUAUGGGCUGCGGGGCAGGAAAAGGAUUGACCGUGUCUCUAUGGAUGUUGUUACAGCUGAGGUCCCUCCAUCAGAGGCCCCCUCGGCACGUGCAGCACUGGGAGAGCUGAAGGUCUCCAGUAUCGGCCCCAACUCUGUGGGGCUGCAGUGGAGCAUCCUCGAGGGCUCCUUUGACUCCUUCAUGCUGCAGUAUCGGGAUGCCCAGGGCCAGCCCCAGGCUCUGCCCAUUGAUGGAGAGUUGCGCUCAGUGACGGUGCCGGGGCUGUCCCCAUCCCAUCGGUACCGCUUUCACCUCUAUGGGCUGCGGGGAGGGAAAAGGAUUGACCAUGUCUCCACUGAGGCCAUCACUGGUACCCCAGGGACCCUCUGGGUGGGCUCUGUGUGGCCCCGCAGUGCCUGGCUGCACUGGGACUCCCCACAUGCCCCCCCUGAUGGCUAUGAGCUGGAGUAUGGCCCCCCCGGGGGGGCCCAGCAGACCCUGUGGCUGCCUCCUGAGGCUACAUCGCAACAGCUCUGGGGGCUGGAGCCGGCGGGACGCUAUGGGGUGCGGUUGUGGGGCCGAGGGGGAGAUCCCCAAACUGCCCCCCUCGAGGCCACCUUUGACACUCGGGACCCCCAUAUCCUCUUCCCAGCCCCACUCCCUCACCCGCAUCCCCGGGACUGCACUGAGGAGCAGCUGAACGGGCCAGGCCCGUCACGGGAGACCCUCAUCUUCCUCCGGGGGGACCCGGCCCGACCCCUCAGGGUCUUCUGUGACAUGGAGACAGAUGGCGGCGGCUGGCUGGUGUUCCAGCGCCGUCAGGAUGGAGGCACCGACUUUUGGCGGGGGUGGGAGUCCUACGCCCGCGGCUUUGGCAACAUCAGUGGCGAAUUCUGGCUCGGCAACGAGGCGCUGCACGAGCUGACGGCCGCGACCCCCACGGAGCUGCGCAUUGAUCUGCGGACCGCCCGCGACUCCGCCUUCGCGAUCUAUCGCGACUUCGCUGUCGGCGGCGCCGAGGAGCGAUAUCGGCUCCGAGUGGGAGCGUACAGCGGCACCGCCGGGGACGCCCUCUCCUACCACUCGGGCAGCCCCUUCUCCACACGGGACCGGGACUCCCGGGACCCUCGGGACCACCGGGACCCAUCGGGGCGCCCCCGCCCCCCACCCUGUGCUGUGGCCUAUGGGGGAGCCUGGUGGUACCGCAACUGCCACUACGCCAACCUGAAUGGGCGCUACGGGACCCCCCGAGAUCACCAGGGCAUCCACUGGUACCCUUGGAAAGGCUUCAAUGUCUCCAUCCCCUUCACCGAGAUGAAGCUGCGGCCGCAGCGUGGCUGA